GUGCGCCUGAAGUUUUGUUGAGAUCUUCUGUUUAUAGCUCUCCCAUUGAUAUAUGGGCUGUUGGUAGCAUAAUGGCUGAACUGUACACGCUGAGACCUCUUUUCCCAGGGACAAGCGAAGUAGAUGAAAUCUUCAAAAUUUGCCAAGUAUUAGGGACUCCAAAGAAGAGUGACUGGCCAGAAGGGUACCAGCUUGCAUCUGCCAUGAAUUUCCGCUUCCCACAAUGUAUCUCUAUGCACCUCAAAACUCUCAUUCCAAAUGCCAGCAAUGAGGCAAUACAGCUUAUGACUGAUAUGCUAAACUGGGAUCCAAAGAAACGACCUACAGCAAGUCAG